AUGAAGAGCGCUCAGCAGCGGAGAGAGCGUGGGACUGCAGGCGCAAGUGUCAAUGGCGGAGACGCGACGGCGCCGCCGCAGACGCUAGGCGUAGUAGCAAGAAUCGAAUGUAAGGCGGGCGUCAGGCAAUCUGCGAAGACGGAAAUUCUAUAUCGGACCGAAAAUAUGCGUCUGAAUGCGAUGCAGUCGCUGAAUCCGAAUUACUUGAGUGAAUCAGGCUGGCGAUGGAGAAUCGACAGAGCCUAUUUAACACGGGAAGGCUCUGGGGCCGAAGGUGGGUUGAGAGAUACAACCGAGCCGGCGCAACAAAGGCAGGCACAAAGCGCAGAAGAAACAAAGCCUUCCACCACGGGAGGUGAAGAAGAAUGGGCGCGACGGAGAACGGGAUGA